AUGAAUCAUGUUUCCAGUUCCUUCCCUCAGUACAUCCAGGCACAAUCCCACUACCAACAUAAAGAUCAGCAUCCUUCUCCAUUCUUUUUCUUAUUCUUCUUCUUCAUCAUCAUCAUCUUCAUCAUCAUCACCAUCUUCUUCUUCACCAUCUUCAUCAUCCACAAUCCACAACAUUCGUUACACACUGCAUCCCUUACAUCCACAAAUAUGGCCAACAAUGGCGAGAGCAGCAAGAAUGCUGCAGCUUCAUCCCAAAAAGGCCCCCUUAUCGAACAAGUCAAAGCAACUCUUGACACAAACCCACAACCAUGGCCUGCUCCGUCGCCUCCAACAAUCUCGCUGGCAAUGCAGAAUCACAGACGAAUGGUGUAUCAUCAACUAGAAGCAAAGUUCAUCACCCCUGAAGAUCAAGAAAGAUGCCUCACCGAGUUUUUUGUCACCACCUCAGAUGACGAGGAGCAAGCCGCUUUGAAAAGAAUCUGCGACUUCUUCGGUAGAGCUCACGGCAAUAGACCACGCCACGUAUCCUGUGCCUCUAAAAAGGACGACGACAACAUCAGGGUAUCGAUCCGAAAGGGCCUGGAAUCUGGGCGCAUUACGCACCAUGAUUUGAGGCAAUUCAUUACCGAGCGAGUUGUCCCUCUUAAAGACUUAGGUCUAACAAGCUGCCGUGCCCUGAUUCGCAUAAAUGAAUACCUUUUUCACGAGUGCAAGUUACCUUUCCGUUGGACUAUCCUUAGUCCAGAUGGUUCAGACCCUGGGCCUAGCGCAACACGUAUCAUGACGCAAGUGGACGCUGAUGGAUUCGUCAACUUUGAACAGCUUCCCAGCGUCAAGCCCGUUGAGGGAGGGGCCGAAGCUGAUGUUGCAGAGUCCCAUCAGCCACAGAAUGCCUAUCCUGAAAUCCCCAAAACCCUCAGUACCGAUUGCAGCCCAGAUCAGGCUCAGAAAAAGGUUGACCACAUAUCGCCUGUUAAGGAGAAGCCCGAUGGGGGUGAUGGCUAUGUCUCUCCUGUGGUCGCUGAGCCCUCUGAGCCGGUUGAUGAAGACGAUGGCCAUGGUUCCGAAGACCUUACUCAAAAUGGAGAACCUACAUCCUGGGGCACCCAGACCAGGUCGGAUACUACCGUCGAGUCGGACUGUGAUGCGCACAACCGCAUGACCUUAGCAUUGUGUAAGGCAGUCGAACAAUCCGUCCUUGCCAAGCAACGCAUUCAAAUGCAGCUAAAUCAGGCGUUGUUGGUGAUUGCUCAACGCUUGGCAGAGCAAAUAGGGAAGGAGGAGGACCAAAUAAAGUGA